CUGAACUCCUCCUCCUCCUCAUCGCACAGGGCGCAUCUGCAGGCUGCAGGAGCAGAGCGAUGAGUUUACACGGAUACUUUCAGCUUUUCCUCUCUGCUCUCUGAAUAUCCUUUAAAUAGAGAUGAAGGAUAUCUAAGUUAAAGUCAAGUGGCAACCCCAGCUCAUUUGAAAAAUCGCUUUGUCACAUUCAAUCUCAUUUAACUGAGUUCAUAAUGGGAUUACGCAUAUUUGGCACGCCACUUUACGCAUAUGCGUGCGCCUAUUUUUUUGUUUUCAUGCUGCAAGCUGCCCAGUCUCAAACGAACCCGGGGACACAACAAGGAGGAAACCAAAGAGCGGCUCUCCGGCAGACGCUUCAGUGGUCACACAACGGCAAGGUUUUUAGCAUUUUGAGCCAGGGCUCGGAGUAUCAGCCACCGAGGCGAAGGGGCGCACCUCAGGAGCAAGUGCAGGCGCGACCUGUCACCAUCAUUCGUGAUGCGGCCGUGAGACAUCCGGACACCUCGAACCAGCAGCCGGUGUCCCAGCAGCAGCCUCCCCGGCCGGCGUCCAACCCGCACAGCCCCCGCGGGCUCUCGCCUCCGCUCCAGAGGCUCCUGAGAGGGCACGAGCACCGCCAGCAUCACCAUGACCGCCCCGGUGAGCGCGCGGGGACGCAGAGGACCAGCAAUGAUACCGAGCAAAAGGUCACUGUCAGCCCGCCUCUGCCCCGGAGAGAAGACAUGAUGGUCGGCGAUGACCCCUACGACCCUUACAAAUCCAUUGACAGCGAUAAUCCAUACUACAAUUACUAUGAUGUUUACGAGAGACCGAGAUCCAGAUCGAGAUCGAGACCCGGAUAUGGAACAAGCUAUCAUCAGUAUGGCCUGCCUGAUCUUGUGCCUGACCCCUACUACAUUCAAGCAUCUGCUUACGCCCAGAGAGUCCCAAUGUACAACCUGAGAUGUGCUGCUGAGGAGAACUGUUUGUCAAGCUCAGCAUAUUUAGCCAGAGACUAUGACAGCCGUAUGCUGCUGAGGUUUCCUCAGAGAGUCAAGAACCAGGGAACAGCGGACUUCCUCCCCAGCAGGCCACGUUACUCCUGGGAGUGGCACAGCUGUCACCAGCACUUCCACAGCAUGGAUGAGUUCAGUCACUACGACCUGCUGGAUGCUUCCACUCACCACUCUGUGGCUGAAGGCCACAAGGCCAGCUUCUGUCUAGAGGACACUUCCUGUGACUACGGCUACUACAGGCGAUAUGCCUGCACCUCACACACCCAGGGCCUGAGCCCAGGAUGUUAUGAUACCUACAACGCAGACAUCGACUGCCAGUGGAUUGACAUCACAGAUGUGAAACCUGGAAACUAUAUCCUCAAGAUCAGUGUAAAUCCGCACUAUCAUGUCCCAGAAUCAGACUACAGCAACAACGUUGUGCGCUGUGAUGUUCGCUACACUGGCAAUUAUGCCUAUGUGUCAGGAUGUCACAUGUCAUCGUAUUAAGAGAUAAAAGUCAUUAACAGAGACUCAGUGGAGCUGCUCUGUAAGUGACAAUGCAGAGGACUGCAUAUGAAAGCAUAGAAAACAUCAUGAAAUAAAUGGUAGACAUACAUUUUUAUUAUUUAAAAUACUUGCAAUUAAAAAAGA